AUGUCUGACAAAGUCUACAUCUCUGGACUCCAGGGCCACGCCAUUGUCGGCUUGGACCACUGGCAGAAGCCCGUUCCGCAUCCUGUUUCCAUUGACGCCACCUUCAGUACAGAUUUCACCCUGGCGCUGGAGAAAGAUAAUUUGAAAUACUCGUUGAACUAUGCCGUGAUCGCUGACCACUUGCUGAAGUUUUUGGCACAGAAUAGCCAGAAAAACUUUCAUUCUUUGGGUGGAUUGGGCAGAGACCUUUUUGUUCUGCUAGCUCACGAGCGUAGCAAGUGCACUGGAGUGGAAUUGACCGUGCUGGCGCCGAAACUCGAUAUUCGUGCUCCUGUGCUGUUUACCACAGACGGAACGGUUGGAACGUACAAAGUCCACGGUCUCAGGGCACUUACUCUUAUAGGUGUUUUCACAUUUGAGCGUCUUAAUCGCCAGUUUGUGGAGUUGGACAUUGACUUGACGAUGGGCAAGGACGUGACCCAUUUGCACGUUCCCGCGGUUUCGGCCUCUGUGUGUGAGUAUUUGGAGCAGGCAAAUUUUAAGACCGUCGAGGCCCUUGUUAAGCAUGCACUGCAGUGGAUUCUACAAGAGUUCAUGGCGGUUGAAAGCGUCCACGUUCGUGUGACUAAGCCGAACGCUAUAGUGUACACUGACGGUGUUGGAGUAUCGUGUAAAUGCACAAGAGAGGAAUUUGUUGGCGUGGAUCCCAUCAAGUUCAAUUUGGCACCUAAAAAUGGCACUUCUUUUGACUUGCCCGUUGAGGAAAACGGCCACAGCCAUUCUGCAUCAGUGCAAAUAGCAUACAUUGCAUUUGGCUCCAAUGAAGGGAACCAACUUGAUAAUAUCUCCAAAGCAUUGGCUCUCCUUGAGCUGCACCCAAGCAUUUCCAUCCAGUCUACAUCGUCGCUCUAUGUCCUGAAACCGAUGUACCACACCGACCAGGCAGACUUCUACAAUGGUGUUGUGAGAGUGCAAUGUGAAAACAUGUCGCCUCAUGAGCUUCUCAAGUUGAUCAAGGACAUUGAGUAUACCCACUUGAAACGCUUCAAAGAAUUUGACAAUGGGCCUCGUACAAUUGACUUGGACAUCGUUCUCUUUGGGAACAGAACCCUCAACACUCCCGAUUUGGUGGUGCCCCAUAAACUGAUGCUAGAACGCACGUUCGUGCUUCAGCCACUUUGUGAGCUAGUUCCUCCUGAUUUUAUCCACCCAGUAAGCGCAGAACCUAUUCAUGACCAUCUUCGGAAAUUACUUGCAACGUUUCCAGACCCAACGGUUCAAGAGUCUGCUGAGCUUCUUCUGGUGGUUCCCGGCAACCGUACACACCACUUGACAUUCAGUCAUAACAGCAAGAGACCAACUCUUAUUAUGGGCAUAUUCAACUCCACGCCAGACUCUUUUAGUGAUGGCGGUAAGCAUUUCAAGCUUACUGAAGAGGAUAUAGUUAAGGCUGCGCUUAAACUUAAAGCAGAGGGCGCCAGUGUUAUUGACGUUGGCGGCGUUUCUACAAAACCUGGGUCACAUGCGCCGUCUGUUAACGAGGAGUUGGAUCGUGUGGUGCCUGUCGUUAAAACAAUCCGUUCCUGCAAAGACCUUGAUGAUGUCUUUGUCUCUGUGGACACUUAUAGAGCAGAGGUUGCAGCGAAGGUCCUUGAGGCGGGCGCAGACAUCAUCAACGAUAUCUCCAUGGGAACGUUUGAUCCUGGGUUAUUCCCCGUUAUUGCCAAAUAUGGCUGUGGAUACAUCAUGAGCCAUACAAGAGGCACGCCUGCUACAAUGAAUAAACUCACAGAUUACGGUCCUAGCGACGAUUCUCUUGCCGAGUACCAGAUCGAUGCUUUCCACGGUCUUUUAUCUCCGCCAGCUGAGCCUGUUGUAAAUGGGGUCUGUCGGGAGUUGGCAGCACAGCUUCAGAAAGCCAUGAAGCAGGGAAUCAGAAAAUGGCAAAUUAUUAUAGACCCUGGCAUUGGCUUUGCCAAAAAUCUCCCACAAAACUUGACUUUGAUGCAAAGGGCUAAGGCUUUGAAGCAGUAUGCUCAAAACGAUUUGAAGCUGGGCAACUACACAUCUUUCAACGGAUUAGCGUUGCUUAUUGGAGCUAGCAGAAAGAAUUUCUUAGGCACCAUCACGGGGACUACCGAAGCAUCGCAGAGACUUAUACCCACGGUAUCGACUGUUGUGGCUUGCAUUCAGCAAAACACCGAUAUUGUCAGGGUUCACGAUGUUGCCGAGGUAAAACAGGCCGUGCAAACCGCUGACGCCAUCUACAAGGGGAUCUACUGA